AGAAGCCAAAUGUUGAAUUAUGAUGGUAUAUGUCAUUCGAUAGGCUAUGGCUCGGACCGUCCACUCAGACACGUUAGAAUUAACAAUGACCGUGAGUAUAGAACCCGUAAGUAUGUCGUCUGCUGUUUUGAUAAUACGGUUUCAUUCCAAAAUAAAUUAUAUUCUUCUUCCUUUCAAACCCUACAGAACUCCUGGAUCAAAGAACCUAGUGAUAUUAGCUUGAUAAGAAGGCAGCUAUGAAUUUUGUAUUUGAAAAAAAAAAUUGUAAUUAAAUUAUCUAUCAAACGGUUUUUUAAAAUUAAAAAUCGGUUAAUUUUUUAGUCCAGCCACCGUUUUUUGUUUUUUUCUACCAUCCGUAGGGGGUUUAUUUGAAGGCAGCUAUGAAUUUGGUAUUUGAAAAAAAAAUG